CUAUAUAUCUCUAUAUAUCGCACUACAUAUUAAAAAAAAAAAUCCCUCUUUCCAACUUUUUAUCUCACAACUACCUUCUCCAACCGCCGCUUCAAAUCUCUCUCUCUCACAAUGGCAUCUACUUUUCCGGCCACCAAAAAACGCAGCAACAACAACAAAAUCAGCCAAAUCGUCCGUCUCAAACAAGUCAUGCAACGCUGGCGCCGCCGCUGCAUCACCACCACCACCUCUCCAUUCACCUCCGAUUCCGAUUCCGAAAACCACCGCAUUCCUUCCGCCGGAACCCUAGCCGUUUACAUCGGUCCAGAACGACGCCGUUUCAUCAUUCCGACACGGUUCCUCAACCUUCCGGUUUUCGUUUCCUUACUCAACAAAGCAGAAGAAGAAUUCGGUUUCCAAUCGCCUGGCGGCCUCGUCAUCCCCUGUGACGUCAGCUUUUUCAAAAAGUUAAUCAAAGUGUUGAACCGAAACGACGUCGGAUUGUCGUCGCUUGAUUUGGAUGAUUUCGUGGAGAUGUUUAACGAUCUGGAAAUAGAUUCCGUUCCGCGUUGUAAGGAUGUUGCUGUUAACAAUUUGAAUUGCCGUGGAUUUACUCCAUUGUUGCAGAAAGCUAGGGUUUGACUUUAGAAAGUCAAAAUUGAAUAUUGGGGGAAAUUGAAAAAUUGGAAGUUUUUUUUGUUGGUUAGAUUUGAAAAUAUCUUGAAAAAAAAGCAUAUCCGUGAACCUGAUAUUAUAAUGUAAACAGGUUUCAAUGAGAUGUGUGGUUUUCGAGAUUUAAAUCCGAAUUUUGGGGGAUGAUUAUUUUAGGUUUUUUUUUUUAAUAGCAAUUGUAGUGAUUGUUAUUUUGGUUAAUGAAUCAAUUGAUGAAUGAUGAUGAUGAUGAA